AUGACUGAUUUGUCGCCAACCGGUUUUCUGCAACAACAGCAGCACAGCCAACAACAACAACACCAAAGCAAUCAUCAUAAUGCAUCAGGUACCACAACAACAACAACACCAGCCAGCAGUAGCCGGCAUCAUCAACGCCUUGGACAUGGUCAUUUAUAUUCCAGUCUAUCGCUAUCGUCCACCGGUGGCGGUAGUAUUGGCAUACCUGGUAUUGUUGGAACAGCUACAGCUGGCCUGGCAGGCAGCAGUGGCGGAUCUGUACAUCAUGCUACAAGCAGUCAUGGCAGCAGCAUACGUGCUCCUCCAGUUGGCAGUGGUGGUGGCCGUUUAUUUUCAUAUUUUGGCAAUGAUCACGAACAUGAACGUAAAAAAUCUGAAACAUCAUUUUUCAAUUUGGGUUUUCGUCGUAAAUCUACAGUGGUUUAUUAUGCGGCCACCGAUUAAUUGCGAUGGUGUUCGUGAAACGACCGAAAUGGCAGCGAGAAGAACGGCAAUGCUCAUCAAAUCCCUGAUUGGCUUUAUAACC